GAUAAAUCUAUUUUUAGAAGUUAGAAAUGAACACAUCUUUAAAACACCUAUCAUGACAAAUAAUAACAAUCCACCUGCACAUCACGAAUGAUGGCUAUGCGACUGAGACAAAGUGAUCCAGAUACAACCAAGAUUAGAAAGUGAAGACGGUGGAGCCCAGUUUGAAUACCAUUCUGCCGAUCAAGAAUGAAUCAGCACAUGACAUUGUCAGCAUCAGGGGUACAGCUGAAGGGUCACCCUGUGCAGAUCGUGUCAGUGGAAGAUGACCACACGUUCCAGUUGGAUGAGACGGCCCUUGAUGAGAUCCUCCUCCGGUCAGACAUCCAGGACCGGAAGGCUGUUGUCGUAUCCGUGGCCGGCGCCUUCAGGAAGGGGAAAUCCUUCCUUCUCGACUUCUUCCUACGAUUUUUAAAUGCUCAGGGUGCCGAAGACUGGCUAGGUGAUGAUGAUUCACCUUUGGAGGGCUUCUCCUGGCGUGGAGGGUCCGAGCGCGAAACCACUGGCAUCCUGCUCUGGAGUGAACCUUUCUGUAUCACUCUUCCAUCAGGGGAACAGGUGGCAGUUUUGUUGAUGGACACACAGGGGGCGUUUGACAGUGAGUCGACGGUGCGUGACUGUGCAACGGUGUUUGCUCUCAGUACCAUGAUCAGCUCCGUACAGGUUUACAAUCUGACCCAGAACAUCCAGGAAGACGACCUCCAGCAUUUACAGCUGUUCACAGAGUAUGGCAGACUGGCACUGGAGGCCAACGACAACGAAUCCAAGCCGUUCCAGGUUCUGGAGUUCCUUGUACGAGACUGGAGCUACCCGUACGAUGCUCCAUAUGGCACAGAUGGAGGCAUCAACAUGCUAGAAAAAAGACUCAAGAUCUCAGACCGGCAGCACCCAGAGUUACAGCAAAUCCGAAAGCACAUUCGCUCAUGCUUUUCCCGCAUCGGCUGUUUCUUGAUGCCCCACCCUGGCCUGCGCGUCGCCACAAACCCACACUUUGAUGGCAGACUGAGAGACAUUGAGAAGGACUUCAAGGAUCAGCUUUGCACACUGAUACCUCUGCUGCUGGGCGCCGACAACCUCGUCAUCAAGGAGAUCAAUGGCGGUCCUGUUACCUGCAGAGACCUUGUGGAAUAUUUCAAGGCAUACAUCAAGAUUUACCAGGGGGAGGAGCUGCCAGAACCAAAGUCCAUGCUUCAGGCAACAGCAGAAGCAAACAACCUUGCAGCGGUGUCAGCAGCACGGUCCCAGUAUACACAUGACAUGGAGGAGGUUUGUGGGGGAGACAAGGCAUACAUUCAUCCCAACGAGUUGGAACAGGAGCAACAGCGCUGUGUCCGCAAUGCCCUUGAAACGUUCCGCCACGCACGCAAGAUGGGUGGCCCAGAGUUCAGUGAGGCCUUCCAACAGAAGCUGAUAGAAGAGAUGACUGAACAGUUUGAGAACUUUCAACGCCACAACGAGAGCAAGAACAUAUUCAGUGCUGCGCGAACUCCUGCGGUGUUGUUCACUGUGAUGAUAGCGUGCUACAUGAUGGGGGGAAUUUUCAGUGUUGUUGGACUAGAGUCUAUAGCGAGUAUGUUCAACUUUACCAUGUUACUGUUCCUGGUGUUCAUGGUUUCAUGGUUCUACAUACAAUACUCCGGGGAAUACCGCACUCUAGCCAUACAGAUAGACCACAUAGCCACAGUCAUCUGGGAACAUGCAUUGGCACCAGUGUACGCCCAGUUAAUGCAGCAGGGAGCCCAGCUGGCUGUCCGGCAAGCUACAGCCGCCACAAGACCCAAAGCAGACUAGCCAACAACACCACCUUUCACCUCACAAUCAUGACAGAUAAUGUGCUGUAUUAACUUGACCAUCUCGUCUUCUCCGAUAUGUAUAUAUAAGAAAAUAUUCAGCAUCAAUGAAAAGAGUUUGAUACAGUGUAUUUGAUUGGGAAAUAUACCAGUAUUUUAAAGGGCAAAGAGCAGAAUGUGUACGUUUCAUUGAUUAAUAAAAGAAAUAUAAUACUAGUAUGUAUACUAGAGCCAGUUCAAAUAGCUGAAUUAACCCAAAUUUAUGGUCCAUUUUCCUGGUGCACAAAGAUAGGCCUAAGGGUUAAAAAGAGUCAUUUACUGACCUUUUAUGUCAAAAUUAAUUAUGAUUGAACUCGCAAACCCAUUUGCAGUUGGGUCUAUUUAGUCAAAGCUUACUAAACUUCCCUUCGCGUAUACCUACUGCUUCCUUGAAGUCUAAAAUACUCUUUGAAACUCUACUGAUUUGUGACCACACUUUAACCAGAAAAGUAAAUGUUAGCAGUACAGUGGAACCCUGUUGGCUCAAACUCCCAGGGACCGGUGAAAUACCUCGAGCCUCAGGAAAUAGAAGCCAAGCCAGAAUGCUUUCCUUCAGUAAAAAGAAAUCAGUCCUUUACAUCCAACUCGAGCCAACAAGUAAAUCGAGCCAAGUGAGUUCGAGCCAACAGUUUUCGACAUGUAUUAUCAAUAUUUAACAGAUAUUUUCAAAAUUCAACAUUUCAUUACAUCUAAAGGGCUAUGAUGUAGGUAUAGACAUCUAUACAGUGGUUGAAAUUAGCACAAGCCCUCAAGCCCUGCACUGGUAGAAUACUUUCCAGGUAUGCUCAAAUUCUAAAUUAUAUAGAGCAGGGUUUUAGGCCAAGCAUUGUUGUAAGAAUUCAGGCUUGUUUAUUAAAGUCUAAUUUCGAAGACUGCCUAUACAGGCCAUUUUCAUGACUACAUGUUUAUAUAGCCAAAAUCAGCAUACGUUAUAUACAUGAUAAUCACACCUAUUAUAUUAUAUUUUUGGUCAGUCUUCAGUUUUAAAGAAAGAAAACUGUCUCAAGGUAGACAUGUUCCAUCAUAAACCAGGUAUUUUUGUUGUAAAUGUACCCUGCAGUCUUGCCCUAAGAUUCCAGAUUGAAUUAGCACAAGCCCGCAAGGCCUGCACUGGUAAAAUGCUUUACGGGCCUGCUCAUAUUCUUGAUUUUAUAAAGCAGGGCUUUUUAAAAAAUGGUUUGCAAUUAAAGCAUUAAUAGUUCUGAAUUAUGGCUUAUUCAUUUAAGAGUCAAAUUGACUGUAAAAUUCAGAAUUUUGUGUUGAUCGUUUUUCGUAAUAGGCUCAAGUAUGGGGAUAAACUUCUCCAUGUAAAUAUCAACAAAAACAUAAAAAUCAUUAAACUACCUUAAAACUGAUUCAUUAUGUUAAGGCCAAAUAAAAAUAAUGUUGUGGUUACAGUAACUGAAUAACCUUUAUUGGUAAAAGAAAUGAGAAUAUUAUUUAUUAUUUUUAUUGGCAAUAUAAAGCAUGUGGCAGUAUUGUUUGUACAAAACAAUGCAGUUUACUUGAAUUGUGUUAGUGUCUUGGCCAUAUCAAUGCCAUUAUGUGUAUGUAUGUAAACAAAUCAACAUUAUACAUACUUUGUACACAAUAAAUAGUUUUCCAAAAUCGAAGUUUUCCCUUUCGACCCAUCCUUUUUUUGUCAACAUGUAAUAUUAACCACAACAACACUUUUAUUUGGCCAUAUUGAUUACUUGAUACAGCUUAAAUAAUACCAGAAUAGAAUCUGGAUUGACAAGGUGUCACAUACCCAGUAUAUCUGAUAAUUAAAAUGACAAAACAGUGAUGUUUCUGUAUAUUAUAUAUCUGAUAAUUAAAAUGACAAUACAGUGAUGUUUCAGUAAAUUGUCUCAAAAUAUACAGAGGCAUUUUGUCAUGUGGUGCAAUUGUGUAUUUAUUUAUUUCAUGAUUUAUGCAUGUAUUUCGAUGUAAACUUUAUACAUACAAGCAUUUUUGUAAUAAAAGUCAUGUACAGUACUACCCAGUAUGAUAAAAUUGACUACUAAGCAAGACAUUGGCAGAAAGUAUUGUCUGUGUUUAAAAAAUUGUCAUUUCUUUAUAUAUGUUCAUUUUUUUUGGAAAAAUAUGUAUUUUUAUAGACCAAUAUCUAUUUCAUUGUAGCUAUUGCAAAUGUCCAGGUAUAUUUAGUUCCAAUUUUGCUCGUUGGAUUCAUUUUUUUUUGUUGUCCUCAAAGAAGGUGUCCUAGGGGCUUGCCCUGUUUCAUUAAACACUCUUCACUAUUGUCAUAUAUCAAAGUUUUAGAAUUUGGCUUAGAAAACUGAAUCCUUAAUUUUUUCUAAAUAUUUAAAUUGUAACAAAUUUUGACAUGCGAGGUGUGCCAGACUGUAGAACAGGUUAUUUGUUACAUAUACAGAAAAUGUUACCAUCUUUACUCCAAUAAAAUCUUUUUUAGAACGACGUUACAGUAGUCGAAAUUAACACUAGCCCGUAAGCCCGGCACUGGUAAAAUGUAAACUGGGUAUUGCUAAAAUUCUGAAUUUUAUAUAGCAGGGCUUAUUAAAAGAAAUUUGCCAAGUAUUAGUAUAAGAAUUCAGGCUAGUAUAAGAAUUCAGGCUUAUAUAAGAAUUCAGGCUAGUUCAUCCAAUAUUCUUAUUUUGAUGACUGACAUUAAAAUUUUGCUAUUCUGAGUCAGAGUCUCCAACUUCGAUUCAAGAUGUAACUGGAAAAGAGUUCUCUUAAAUCUUCAUAACCAUCAUAUAUGGAAACGCAUUGAAAAAAACUUAGAUUGUCUUAGAUCUUGUUUUAAACGGGUACAGGGUUCUCUUAUUUUGAGUUUAAAGAUUAUUGUUGUUUUCCUGGAUCAUUCAGUAUCAAUCAAGUGUUUCUUAUUCAUAAAUGAUAUAGUUAAAGAAUUUGAUGCCAUCUAAUCUACGCACGUGUCGUACGAUUCCUUUUUUUCCAAUUUAUUUUUCUUAGAAAUUAUAUCUGUUUCAAAACUAAGAACUUUAUUGCAAGGUUUAGGCAACGUUUAUUUGAUUUUGCAAGUAAAACUUGACACUCUCUAAACAUUUAAAAUGAUUUCUUGAUGGUACGAUAUUUUUUUGUAUGCUUGUUUCUAAUAUGACCACUUUAUAUUUAUGUGUUGCAAUUUCCGUGAAUGCAGUGAUGAAAAUUCUAUAGUUCUUUAAAAGAAAAAAUUCUUAUGCCUUAAAUAAUAUCUGACAGAUAUAUAUAUAUAUAUAUAUAUAUAUAUAUAUUGUUUUGAUAGUCUAAGAUAAAUUAUAUAUUUAGUAUUUUAUAAAAGUGAAAACGCACUUGAAUUAAUAAUACCUUGGGCUUGCAACAGAGUAUAACAGUAUGCAAAAUGGAUAUAUCGAAAUAUAAUUAAACUAGGAAGCAGGUUAAAUUGUUUAAACUAUGCUUAUGAUAUGACUUAACAAAAAUUAAGCGGUUUAUUUCCAUACUAAAUAUUGGGUUGACUGAGACCCUGGCAAUGAAUUAUUGUGAUUCUGUCCAGCUUUCACAUUGGUGGUGACAUCAGCCUGACACUGAUUAAAUUUUAUCAAAGUCUUUGUAAAUGGAACUAAUUAGUAUAUAAAUAUAAUUUAAAAAGAUGUGUUUAACAAUAUAGGUUUUGUAAUCUAUGAUAGCAUUUAUUACCUGUCUGGUCAAAAACCUUGAUACUUCUUUUCUGGUUACAGGUUUAUCAAAUAUAUUUAUCAAGGGGAAUAGUUAAAAUUCAUGACAUAUAUUUUCUAGUCAGUAGAAAAAUAUAGUGUUUAAAGUUAAAAUGCUCGAUUCUCUUUAAAUGUUAUACCAAAGGUAUUGAUUGUUUAUGUUUAAAGGUAGAAUAAUUGUCUAUGGACACUUUGAAGUUUAUCUUGUAAUUUAAUUGCAAAAAUACAGAGUUUAGAUCAUAAUUUUGUCACCUUUGUUAAAAACAUGUAUGUAUGAAUUUUUUGAUGUGAUUUAACUUUGAGAUUUAUUUUUAAUGUUAUAUAAUUGUUUACUUGUACUGUACUAACUUUACGGUUAUAAAAAAAAUGACUUUCUAAUUACAUGUUUACUGUAAUUGUUGAUUUCAACAGAUAAGGCUAUGUAAUAACACGAUAUGUAUAAUUAUAUGUAUGUGGCGCAAUAGUGCCAAAUAAUGUGAACCCUAACAAGCAAAAGGUCUUAUGGUACAUGUAUAUAUGUCUGAAGCGGUAAAAAAUAACAUCAAAAGAUUUAUGUAACUGCAAUUAUUACAUGAUCUAUAAAUAAACCAUCCAGGAUUGUAUGAAAACAAUUUUCAUACACAAAUAAACACAAUAUUAUUCUGUGUUUUUAGACCGUAAACAGUUUAUACAUGUAUUACAAUAACGCUGGAAAAAUCACUUAGCCAUAUUGACCGGGCUGUUUCAAGACUGGAAUCAUUUGAGCAUAUGACAUCAUAAUUAGGUCAAUAAGGAUUUUUGGUCAAUGUAUCAGCAGACACCAUUUGUAAAAAAAAGGUUAUAUUACGGUAUAGAUAAUUUGAAACAAUUAAGGUUUCAAUUUCCUCAGCUCAAGUCUUGAGUUUACAUUAAACAUUUGUGAAUAUGGACUCAUUUCUUUAUAAAAGCCAUGUUUUAAAAGUAAUAGGUACUUAAACUAAAACAAGAAAAGUACUUUAAAAUUUAUGCCUGUAAUUAUGCCUGUUUAUAUAAAACUGACAAUUCCCAAACCUUUUUUGCUUGUCUUGGUUCAAAUGCAAUUAAAUAUGACAUGUUUAUGUAUUCAGAAUGAAUUUAUGAAAAUGAUUUUAAUGACGUAAGAAGGAAGUAGAGAAUACCUGGGAUGAAUAACAAUCCCAGACAAUACAUUGUGUUUAAAGAGACUAGACACCAGAUGAUACUAUCGCAAGAAAAAAAGAAAAUUGUCAAAACUGACAUAAAAUUACUGACUGAUGUAUCACAUCACUUAGGACAUGUGUAAUUGAAGUUUUGGAAUAUUUUUCCAAUGCGAAAUUCAUUGGGGUUGUCUACCACAUGUUUAGCACACUUCAUUUAAAAAUAGCAUCGGUAUAUGUAUCUGUAAAAUCACAGGACCUUCACAUGCUAACUAUACACACUAUAAACUGGGAAACCAGUUUGCACUAUUUUUAAAUAAGUAAACUCAGCUGAGACAGCGAUCAAAUAUUAUUUUAGUCAUGUAAAAUUAUGUAUUCUGUAUUUGCCAAUUUUGGGACCAUCUGGUGUCUAGUCCCUUUAAAAAAAUGUUCUUUACUGCAAGCAAUGUUCGAUUUCUUUCGAAUUACAAUCAGAUUUCUUUUGAAUUAUUGUUUGAUCUCUGGAAUGAUUGUCUGAUUCUUUUCAAAUAAGUUUGAUGCCUUUCAAACUACAUUUCGAAUUCUUUCAAAUUGUUGUCCGAUUUCUGUCGAAUAACGGUCUGUCUAUAUUACUUGAUGGCUGCAAUCGGCAUGCUUUUUUGUUAACCAGUAUUUCUGUUUCUCCUUCCACUUGUGUAAUUGUUUGGUAGACUUGUUAUUGUAGUACUACCCAUGUUGCGUUUGUACAUACUUAUAACCAAAUAAAAAUCAGAUUUCAA